CAAACAAUUACCACAAGAACAAUGUAUCAAAUCCUACUAGGCCGCGGAGGCCAACAAGCAGGAGUCGUCAGCCGACGCAUCCGAUCAAAAGUCCGGCCAGAAAACCAGAUCCCAUACAGCUCGCUGCACCGCCAGGGGGCUGCUUGGACUGCCGGCGGAUUCGGAGUCGCAUCGACUUUGUUCGGUGUCUACAGGACUUUCAAUUCGAUGAGGUUUUUCAAGUAUAUCAAAUAGGUGACGUGGGAAUUCGCUUAGGGCUGGCGUUUUUGGGCAUGAUUUGCGCAGACACUCUUUAAUGAGAACGAAUGAAUAUGAUGAAACCUAGUAUUUGCCAUCUAUUUCGGCCGGAGAACAUCCCUGCCAGUCACAAGACUUGGAUGAAUAAAUGGCUAGAAUCAUGGUGGCGAGCUUCCCCGCUUGAUCCAUGGGACAGAGCUCUAGCUUUCUCCAGAAUCCAGCGUUCUAGCCUCAGCCCACGCGAGCGAUAUAUGAGAAUUGUAUGUGGAAUUAUAGUUCUCUUCAUGAAGUGAUAUCCGUCAAAGUCUAC